AUGCUUUCUUUACCAUUCAUCACACCCCGCGAUUCCCACGAGCUCUGGUUCGGCUCCUCCAACCCUUACCAACCCUCAUCACCCCAUCAAUCCAGCACCGACCCAUCAAAUCAAACCCGCCGCAAUGCCUCAACAGCCUCCAGCCACCGCUCCUUCCUCCCCUCCCGCUCCCCAGCAAACAGCCUCUCAGCCCUCCAAGUCGAAGAGCGCGCCCUACGCCUCCGCAAGCAAAACAUCGCCUCCUUCGGCUACUCCUGGAUCCGGCCCGCGGGCUGCGUGAAGACAAUGCUCGGCAUGAAAGAAGAAGAAGCCGAGCGCGAAGAAGCGCUCGCCGCGGCGCAAACAGAAAUGGGCGCCAUCGACGGCGAGGGUAUUAUGGAAGAUGAGUUGGGACUAACGCAAGACGAGGAAGGACAAGGAGAAGGGAUGGAGCGGGAUUUAGACGAUGAGAUUCCCAACGCUGAUGAUGCGGAGGAGGAUAUUGGCGAUGAGGAGGGAUAUAUGGAGCGAGAUUUGGAUGAUGAUAUUCCAGAAGGAUAUCCCGAGGAUGAUGACUAUGAUGAUUCGGGGCUCUAUGAGGAGGAGAUUGAUGAGGAUUUUGAUAAUCAGCCUGAUCUAGAUGCUGAUGUUCCUUCUGCGGAUGAAGGGUUUCAAAGUAUUAUGACUGGGAGUGAUGGGCCUAGUCGGGAUUUAGAUGAUGAUAUUCCCGACGCAGCGGAGAAUGGGUCUGAACAAGAGGGCGAGUGGCAGCAUACUGAUACGGAAGAUGAGGAAGACGAUGAAGACGAGAACGGGAACGGGGACGAAAAUGCAGAGCAGGCCAACUCACUACGGCCUCGAAUGAACGGCAAUUUUCGCACCAGUACGCCGAAUAGUCGGGGUGGAUUGCCCCCUCCGCCGCCGCGUCGGGAGCGUGAAACGGACGCUCAGCGCCGGUUUAUCAAUCGAUGGAGUGGGGGUGGUGAUGCCUUGGAUUCGAGCAGCAUGCUGUUUGAGGAAGAUGAUCUCCGCGCUUCGGUUACUAGCCAGAGCAGUCGUCGCAGUGGCUUUGGGCGGAGAUUUCCUCGUCAUGUUGGUGGGCCUCGUGAUAGUCUUAACUGA